AUGUCGGACCCUCGCAUCUCGGCCCGAGAGGCCUUUGAAAUCAACGCUGCUGCUGCGUAAGUCGGGCGCUCCCUUUUUCGGAAGGCUCUCAUCAGCAACCUACUGACUUGGUGUGCUAUCGUGCAGCGUCAAGGAGUACAACGUCGACCCUCGUUUGGAUUACAGGACGGUCUCCGCCAUCAAUGGGUGAGAGAGAGCCAAGCCGAUCGCAGGCGAGAUGACCAGCUUUGGCUGACCCUUGGUAAUCGUGCUCAGACCUCUGGUUGUUCUCGAUAACGUCAAGGUGAGCAGCCAAGAGUGAUGCUUGUAUGCUCGAUGUGCUGACUUGAGCGCAACACUCGCGCUGCUAGUUUCCUUCCUACAAUGAGAUCGUCUCCCUCACCCUGCCCGACGGCUCUCGCCGAGGCGGUCAAGUCCUGGAAGUCAGCGGCAGCAAAGCCAUUGUGCAAGUCUUCGAGGGCACUUCCGGCAUCGAUGUUCGUGACACGCAUAUUGAGUUCACAGGCUCGAGCAUGAAGCUGCCAGUCUCGGAGGACAUGCUGGGUCGUAUUUUCAAUGGAUCUGGUAACCCUGUAGACAAGGGACCCAAGGUGUUUGCGGAAGAUUAUCUCGACAUCAAUGGUGGGUACGAGGCUCUUGCUACUGGGUCACCUAGAUGCUGCAGACGAGGUCAUGUGCGAUCCCUUGCAGCCGCUUACAUGCUGCCCUCCAUUCUCUCCAGGCUCUCCCAUCAACCCGUACUCCCGCGUGUACCCCGAGGAGAUGAUUCAGACGGGUAUCAGUACGAUCGACGUCAUGAACAGCAUUGCUCGUGGACAAAAGAUUCCAAUCUUUAGCGCUUCAGGUUUGCCGCACAACCAAAUCGCUGCCCAAAUCUGCAGGCAGGCAGGUUUGGUUCGCAAGCCAGGAUCUGCUUCGGACGGCGCGGCUGCUCCCAGCAAAGGCAUUCACGACGAUCACGAAGACAACUUCAGCAUCGUCUUUGCUGCUAUGGGUGUCAAUAUGGAGACUGCUCGUUUCUUCAAGCAGGACUUUGAGGAGAAUGGAUCGCUUGACCGUGUCACCUUGUUCCUCAACUUGGCCAACGACCCGACGUGAGUGUCGCGGCCGGGACUGGCAACGAGCGCCACUGACUUCCGCCUUUUUCUUACGCAGCAUCGAGCGUAUCAUCACACCGCGCUUGGCACUCACCACUGCAGAAUACUACGCUUAUCAGCUUGAGAAGCACGUGCUGGUCGUAUUGACGGAUAUGACUUCGUACGCCGACGCCCUUCGUGAGGUAUCCGCAGCUCGUGAAGAAGUGCCGGGUCGUCGUGGUUACCCUGGUUACAUGUACACGGACUUGUCCACCAUCUACGAGCGUGCUGGUCGCGUCGCCGGCAGGAAUGGGUCCAUUACCCAAAUUCCCAUCUUGACCAUGCCCAACGACGACAUUACUCACCCAAUUCCUGACUUGACGGGAUACAUUGUAAGUACCGCGCGUCCGCGUGCGCAGAAAGCCUGAGCUGACGUCGAUAUUGCAUCCUGACCAGACCGAGGGCCAGAUCUACGUCGAUCGCGGUCUCAGCAACAGACAGAUCUACCCUCCCAUCAACGUCUUGCCUUCUCUUUCGCGAUUGAUGAAGUCUGCUAUCGGCGCCAAGCACACUCGUGAGGACCAUGGGGACGUUUCGAACCAGCUGUACGCAGGUUAUGCGGUCGGUCGUGACGCGGCCUCGAUGAAGGCCGUCGUUGGUGAGGAAGCCCUUUCUCAAGAGGACAAGCUUUCGCUCGAGUUCAUGCAGCGCUUUGAGCAAGAAUUCGUUCAGCAAGGAGAGUACGAGGCGAGGACCAUCUACGACAGCUUGGAUAUUGGAUGGGAUCUGCUGCGCAUCUUCCCUAGGCAAUCUCUCAACCGUAUCAAUCCCAAGAUUAUUCAGGCCUACUACUCGCGCCGGACAGGCAAAAAGAAGGAGCAAGAAUCUGCAGCUGCAGCAGAUGAGUCCAAGAAAGCCCAGAACAAGGGCACGAGGGACACUGGCGAUGCCAAGCUCGUGGAUGAUGAGUAAGUCAUCCUCUCUCUACAUUGAGAGCACGCACAUGACCCCUCUGCUUGUACAUACGAACGUCCGCCAGCGCAAUAGCCGAUCCUCCGUCUGCCCAGUGACCUAUCUGGUCAGCUCCCGUUCGUAGUGAGCUCCCGUUCGUGGUGUUCAGAUGCUAUGUGCUUCUCUUUGAGCAUCUCGGAUCCCGUCUGCGCAUGCUCAGACACCUUGGCACGACGAUUGAUAUCGCAACAACUUAAAGCUGAUGGAUUGCUUGGCGUCAUCUUUGAAGCGGAUUAGAAAUCAGAUCGACAUGGUGUGUAUCAAAUACUUACUCUCGCAGGACAGUUUCAUCCACAUUCAAGAUUCUAAUCGUGAAUCUUUAUGUUUGACCCGAACAUUUCCUGAUCACGUGGCGCCACUUUGCGUGAGGCGCGCGUUUCCGCGGAAACGAACCCCGCUUACAGCAGAGAGGCUGUGCGAAGAGAAGAAUCACGCACGCACGCAUCCCUGCUGCUGCCGAUGCUGAGCAGCCCGCUCGCGACUGAGCUAGAUUCGCUUUGAUGGGGCUGGGAGAAGGGCAAUGAGCACUUUGCUGUCAGACCAUCAUCUCGCGUCGAGCAACAAGACAUCCGCAGGACGGGCAAGCGGCGCCAUCAUUCCCACGCCGCGCUCGUGGUUCAGGACAGCCAGCACCCGACACGAAAAUAACAUUGGCGCUCAACAGAUUGUGCUCCCGCCCGCCAUAAAGAGACUGUUGAGCGGCUUUCAACGCUGCAAGUCUGCCCCCGUCAACUUGAGGACUCGUAGAGUGAGCAACGCAGCCGGGUAGCAGUCUGCUGUGAUCUCUACUUGGACAAGCCGUGCGCGCCAAGGGCAUAUCGACUUGCUCUUCACAUCACGACUGCGCGGGAGGCCAAGAGGCAGUGGUUGUGCGCUCGGUAAGAGCACUUUGUUCGCCGGCAUUACUUGUUGACAAAGCUCAACCUUUCUGGUACGUGCCUCUCUAAUAGCCAUAGCCAGGUACGCCAAAGAUAGUCCCUGAGCUCGCCCAAGCUCUGCAUCGCACAGGUUCAGCAGUUUAA